GAACCACCAUUUCCUUCCCCUUCCACUAUAAAACCAAACCAUCUUGAACCACUAACAAUUCAAAUCGUAAAACCCCAAGUACCCAGUUUACCAAAUUAACCCUUCUUCAAAACCAGCUUGCAGAGAGAGAGAGAGAGAUAAAUUUUGUGUUUUUGAUGUCGAGUGGAAAUCAGUGUGUGAAGGUUGUGAUCAUCAACACCAAGUAUGUGGAGACAGACGCCACGAGCUUCAAAGAUGUGGUGCAAAAGCUAACUGGGAAAGACUCAAAGGUCGCAUAUGAAAUGCAGGAGCCAAAUAAUGUUGCAAAGAGCCAGUGCUUCUUGAGAGAUCAGGGGAUCAAUAAUUAUGGUGGGAGGACUAAUGUUAAUGUUAUGGAAUCAUCAAAUAACACUGGUUGCAGUGUUAAUGGCGGAAAGACGACCACGAUGUCUCGGAGUAAUUCUUCAGUUUUGAUGAAAAAUAUAUCGUUCAAGGAGUUUGAAAGAUUGUUCAGAGAGAUGCCUCCAGUGGAGGAUUUUUGGAUUGAUUAGUUAUUUUUAAAAGUUCUAUAUAUAUGAUAUACAUAUUUUCUUCUAUGUCGUGCAGGCAUCAUGUAUUUUGUACUACUCCUUCAUAAUUUCUUUCUCGUUUAUAAUGGCUGCAUAAGAGAAAAACUGAUGAUAUAUCAAAUUUG